UGACCGCAGGAACAUAUAAGACCGAUUGGUGCCAACAGGAACAAACGCUCCUUUAAUCGGAGUUUAAAUUCACUUCAGACACCAAGUACCAUGUCUGGAGGUUUCGGCGAAGCUUUAAAGGACUCGGGAUCGAAGAAGUUCUCUAAGAAAAGGAAACAUGUCGUCCAGAACAUAUCGAAUAAAAAAAAUCAGUUGGCGAGUGAGAUGCCGGAGGAACAGGCCAAGAACACCGCAGAUGCCAUUCGGUCGACCAAGUCAGAGCUGGAAACUGCGCCUGUCGGUGGGGCGACGGACGCCAAGAACACUGAAAUCCACGUCUUGGGCGAGGUAUUAAGCAAGGUAGAGAAGACUGUGGACAAUAUCAUCGACGACACAAGUCCAGCUAUGGACAACAAGCUUAAAGAAGCGGAAAACUUCGUGGAUGAAAAGACAGAGCAGGUGGGGCAAAUGGUGAUUGAGACGAUACAGACUGUGGCAGAGACCAAAGACCAGGCGUUGGCAUCCGUCCGCGGCAAGGCGAAGGGCGUCCUCAAAUCUUGCAAGAACUUGGGAUCGAAGGCCGAACAGAUGUCUGAAAAGAAGAAACAUGUCGUCGAGGACAUACCGAAUAAAAAAGAGCCGUUUGUUUGUGAGAUGCCGGAGGAACAGGCCAAGAACACCGCAGAUGCCAUUCGGUCGACCAAGUCAGAGCUGGAAACCGCGCCUGUCGGUGGGGCGACGGACGCAAAGAACACUGAAAUCGAUGUCUUGGACGUGGUAUUCAGCAUGGCAGAGAAGACUGUGGACAAUAUCAUCGACGACACAAGUGCAGCUGUGGACACAACGCUGAGAGAAGCGGAAAACUUUGUGGAUGAUAAGACAGAACAGUUGGGGCAAGUGGUGAUUGAGACGAUACAGAAUGUGGCCGAGACCAAAGACCAGGCGUUGGCAUCCGUCCGCGGCAAGGCGAAGGGCGUCCUCAAUUCUUGCAAGAAAUUGUUUAAAAAGAAGAAACAUUUCGUUGAGGACAUAGCGAACCAAAAAAAGCAGUUGGCGAGUGAGAUGCCGGAGGAACUGGUCAAGAACACCGCAGAUGCAAUUCGGUCAACCAAGUCAGAGCUGGAAACCGCGCCUGUCGGUGAGGGGGCGGACGCCAAGAACACUGAAAUCGACGUCUUGGACGUGGUAUUAAACAAGGUAGAGAAGACUAUGGAUAAUAUCAUCGACAACACAAGUGCAGCUGUGGACAACACGCUUAAAGAAGCGGAAAACUUCGUGGAUGAAAAGACAGAGCAGGUGGGGCAAGCGCUGAUGGAGACGAUGCAGAAUGUGGCAGAGACCAACGACCAGGCAUUGGCAGUCGUACGCGGCAAGGCGAAGGGCGUCCUCAAUUCUUGCAAGAAAUUGUUUAAAAAGAAGAAACAUGUCGUCGAGAACAUAUCGAAUAAAAAAAAUGAGUUGGCGAGUGAGAUGCCGGAGGAACUGGUCAAGAACACCGCAGAUGCAAUUCGGUCAACCAAGUCAGAGCUGGAAACCGCGCCUGUCGGUGAGGGGGCGGACGCCAAGAACACUGAAAUCGACGUCUUGGACGUGGUAUUAAACAAGGUAGAGAAGACUAUGGAUAAUAUCAUCGACAACACAAGUGCAGCUGUGGACAACACGCUUAAAGAAGCGGAAAACUUCGUGGAUGAAAAGACAGAGCAGGUGGGGCAAGCGCUGAUGGAGACGAUGCAGAAUGUGGCAGAGACCAACGACCAGGCAUUGGCAGUCGUACGCGGCAAGGCGAAGGGCGUCCUCAAUUGUAAGUACAAUUUUCUGUAUAGAAAAAAUAUUUAGAAUUGUUCCUGAACUUCUCUUCGUUUGCUACUGGAACGGUGGUUAACACAUGAAACUACGUUCAAUGCAAGGUUGUGUAAUGUGGAUAUAGUCGAUGGUUAUGAACGGUGAGUCCGUGUUUGGAAUUUGGCGUUUGUAGCCGAUGUGAAUUCAUUACUCUGACAAUCACCAGAAGUGACAGGAAAGCCAAAGAAUGGGUCUGGAGAGGCGGCAGUUGGGCCAAAUUACGACUCCUGCUUGAAUUCAAGAGUAAAGAUGUAACGAUUAAUCCAGUCCACAGCCUGCUAUCUCACCUAAGAACCAAUUUAAUAUGAUUUUCGAUCCAUGUUUCGGUCGUUCUAAUUGAUUCUUGACUUCAAGCCCUUCAGUCAACAUUUUGUAGACAUUCCUUAUCUCUACCAUUCAUGCUAUGUGCUCCAUCCAUCUCAUCUUCAUCUGAUUUCAUCCUUAUAAAAUGUGGUGAACAGCAGACCUACAAUUUAUGAAUCUGCUCAUUAUGUGAUAGGGUAUUUUAUAUUUUAAUAACACUUAUAGUAACAACGUAUGUGUUUAAAACAUUGCCAUUUUCAUUUUGUCUUGUUUUAGUUUAACUUCAGGACAUGUUUUGCCUAGCCACAAAUGUGAGCAUCAAAGUUUCUGCUUCCUCCUGCCUUUCUGCUUGUUUUUCAUGUGCUCAGUGGUACAACGGAAGACAUCUUCGCAGAAGCAAGUUCUCCAUCAUGAAACACAUCACACGGUCAGAGGAACAUAAGCUGCUAUUCCAAUGUGCUUUCAUAGCUGUCUUAUAUAUGUAAAAACCUAUUUUCAGUCUACAUAGGAGACAACAGAUAGUAUUCUAGAGUGUGCUAACAAAGCAAGUCAUACGUGGAAACUCUACGCAGUGUAUGAUUAACCAUGACCAAGGAUCAAAUUAAAAGGAACGCAUGAAAUGAGGGAUAAUUAAGGCAAUAUUAACUACAAAUAAAACAUAAAUAUAAAAGGAGAAAUAUGGACCCUUGAAAUGGGUUUCUGGUAUAUCAUAGUUUCAGAAAUAAUUUAUAUAUGAAAUUUCCACUGAUUUUAUCUAUAAGAUAUGCACAAAAUGUUAUAAUUAUUUUGUUAUUUUCUAUAUACGUCUUGUCUAACAUCCAUUACAUAUCAGUUAUCUGUUGAGUGACUUGUUACAAGGCAAAAGUCUAUUAGCCGUGCUAUCCUGACUCUCGUGUAGUUAAUCACAAUAAACAUUGUACUUAUAAAUAUUAAAAACUUGUUAAGUGAAAGAAUUGUGAAUUUAGCUGUUGCCUCAUUUACAAUUCCUUCUGAUGUACAUAAAAUACGUUAAGUGCAAAUGCUACAAAUACAUAAUAAAGGUUUGUUAAAUAUAUUGCAGAAGCUAUUUUUGCCUCAAUAUGUGUAUCAUUUUAGAAAUAUUUAAAUGCUUCACUCUAGGAGAACCCUUAAUCAUACAGAAUCAAUUGAUUUGGAAACAAAACUCCUAUACUGGCACCAAAGUUUUCUUUUUUAACUUGCAGAACACUAUGUUAUAGCGUUUUUUCAUAUUAUCGUAAACUUGUUAAAAUGGCUAUUAAAUAAGAAUUUUGCCUUGGUGUCGCUCUCUUAUCACGGUUGCGUUCUUGUCAACAGAAAUCAUUCUUCUUGUCAGGAGUCGUACCCUGAUUUCAGACCUUUGUUUCCGUAAUCUCCUCUUCGAGGCAAAAAUCUCUGAUCCUGGCGCAGUUGUUUUAUCUCGUUUAGUUUCGUAGUUAAAGGAACCGCCCUUGAAGGAAAUGGAACUCAGGACACUUUUCCCAGAGUUCCGACCUUCAUAUGUUCUAUCAUCUGUCUUAAGGAAUAAUUACGCCAGGUUUCUUCUUCGCGAGCCACAAGCGAACAAGUAAAGAAAUGUCAACCCUCAAUUUCGAGUUUACACAUGACCAGUAGAUUGUGAGGUAUUUACUAAGGGGAAAUACGACAGUUUCUUACAAAUUCAUCUUCUGGGUCUCAGACAGUCUUCGGGCUUGUGACCUUAGUCAGUCAAAUAAUUCCCCCCCCCCCAAAACAGAAUUUGCCUUAGCGCCAUUCUUCCCUAAUGCUUGCUAUCCGAACAACAGAAAACAUCUUUGCCGGGGUUCGAACGAAGGAAACAUUUUCUUUGGCCCAGCGCCCGGGCCCCUCAAAAAUCAUCUUUAAAAUUAAUUAAGUACACUGAAAACGGGAGUUAUUUUUAAAUAAGGGAAAUUAGAAUUGUAG